CUCCUUCUCCCUCGCUGCUCCCUAUCGACUCGUGCAGCCAUUUUACGCAGGAUGAAUCCAAUCAUGUCGUGAGGAAGAGCUCGCUGCUCCACCUGGGCAGAACCACCAGCGUCCCGGUGCUCGGAACCAGCAGCCCAGAAGGGGAGUGAGGCAGGCAGCCAGGCAGGAGGUGGUGGAGGAGGGGGCGCAGGAAAAUGGUGAAGAGGAAAAGCCUGGAUGAGAACGAGCCGGAGUGCGGGAAGGGAGUCCCGUUUCCCAUCCAGACCUUCCUAUGGAGACAGACCAGUGCUUUUCUGCGUCCAAAGUUGGGGAAACAAUAUGAAGCUUCCUGUGUGUCUUUUGAGCGGGUGCUGGUGGAAAACAAGCUGCACGGGCUGUCACCAGCACUGUCAGAGGCGAUCCAGAGCAUCUCCCGCUGGGAGCUGGUCCAGGCGGCGCUGCCUCAUGUCCUCCACUGCACCUCCAUCCUGCUGUCCAACAGGAACAAGCUGGGCCACCAGGACAAGCUGGGUGUGGCUGAGACCAAACUCCUCCACACACUGCACUGGAUGCUGCUUGAUGCCGCCCAGGAGUGUAACCACGAGCCCAUCAUGGGCCCAGGCUGGUCCCGGGGAGGCAGCGGCAGCAGUGCUUUCCUUCAACCUGUUGGGAACCAGGGUUCAUCCCCCGGAGUUCCAGGAUCUGGCUCCGGCUCUGCCCUCGGAGGAUCUGGACCCCAGCAUGGCAGCUCCCUGCUGGAGGAUGACGAACAUGCACGGACCAAGCUGUUCCACAAGAGCAUGGCCACAGUGGAGCUGUUCGUGUUCCUGUUUGCUCCGCUCAUUCAUCGCAUUAAGGAGUCGGAUCUGACCUUCAGACUUGCCAGCGGGUUGGUAAUAUGGCAGCCAAUGUGGGAGCACCGGCAGCCCGACAUCCCUGCUUUUACUUCUUUGAUCAAACCCGUCAGAAACAUUGUGACAGCCAAGAGGAACUCCCCAGUCAAUAACCAGUGCAGCCCUUGUGGAUCUGGCAACCCGAGUCCCAUGGGCUUCCAGGUGGUGUGUGAGGCCGCCCAAUCAGAUUCCUCCUCCCCCGCAGGUGGUGAGCAGAGCUGUCGUCGUGGUAACUCUGUGGAUAAAGGUGGCACGUCCCAGCAAGCCCCACCUUCCAAAGGACCCUCCAAGAAAAAGACAUCAGCCCCAGCCGGCCUUCCCCCGUCUCUAUCCCAGCGAGCGCGUUAUGCCACUUAUUUUGACGUGGCAGUGCUGCGCUGCCUACUGCAGCCUCAUUGGACAGAGGAGGGUGUGCACUGGGCAUUGAUGUACUACCUGCAGCGCCUGAGGCAGAUCUUGGAGGAGAGACCUGAACGCAACCCAGAACCUUUGGUCACACCUCUGCCACGUCCACGCAGCAGCUCCAUGGUGGCCGCCACCCCCUCACUGGUAAACACCCACAAAACUCAGGAUAUGAGUCUGAAGUGCAACGAAGAGGGAAAAUCUCUCAGUACAGAGACAUUUGCAAAGGUGUCUCUGACUAACCUGCGGCGUCAGGCAGUCCCUGACCUGUCCUCUGAUCUGGGCAUGAACAUCUUCAAAAAGUUUAAGAACAGGCGUGAGGACCGGGAGAGAAAGGGCUCCAUCCCCUUCCACCACACAGGAAAGAAGCGCCAGCGUCGAAUGGGAGUACCUUUCCUGUUACACGAGGACCACCUGGACGUCUCACCCACACGCAGUACCUUCUCCUUUGGGAGCUUCUCUGGCCUUGGAGACGAGCGGCGAGCUUUGGAUCGUGGAGGCUGGCAAGCCACCAUCAUGGGCAAGUUCACACGCAGAGGCAGCACAGACACUGCUGCAGAUGCAGACAGCCUGAGUGCCAAACACUCUCAUUCCCACCACUCCCUGCUCCGAGACAUGCCCGACCACUCCAACAGCCACAGCGAUAAUACAGUGAAAGAAGUUCGAUCUCAGAUCUCCACCAUCACCAUGGCAGCGUUCAACACAACUGUGGCUUCCUUCAACGUGGGGUAUGCCGACUUUUUCACAGAACACAUGAAGAAACUCUGCAACCCGGUUGCCAUGCCCGAGAUCCCUGCAGAGCCCCUGGCCUGCGCAAACCUGCCCCGAAGUUUCACCGACUCUUGCAUAAACUACUCCUGUCCGGAGGAGGGGGAGAACAUCGAGGGGACCAAUAACUUUGUCCUGAAAAAUGGCAUGCUAGAUCUCACUGCCAUCCUGCGGGCGCUUUACGCUGUCCUCAGCCACGACAUCAGCUCCCGGAUCUGUGAUGUGGCUCUCAACAUCAUCGACUGCCUCCUCCAGCUGGGUGUGGUACCCGGCAUGGGCAAAAAACUGUCCAAGCCAGAUAACAAAGAGAACCAAGAGGCGCGGUCUAAAGACUCGGUCAGCCAAGGUUUCGCAGGAGGAGUGCAAGGGGGUGGGUCCAUUUCAGGAGAUGGGGGCGGUGGAGGAGGUGGAAGUGGUGGAGGAAGUGGGCAAGGGAGCAAGGACGAUGUGAAAAACAACAAGGAUAACGAGAAAACGGACGAGAAUUCUGGUCUCAGCACUCACCGCCUGGCCUUAACCAUGCUGAUCAAGAUAGUCAAGUCUCUGGGCUGUGCUUACGGCUGUGGUGAGGGGCACCGGGGACUGUCAGGAGAUCGCCUCAGGAUGCAGGCUCAAAACUGCUUGACCAACCUGUACAAACUGGACAAGGUUCAAUUUCGCCAAACAAUGCGCGAGUAUGUGAACAAAGACUCCCUCAAUAACAUUGUGGACUUCCUGCAUGCACUGCUGGGCUUCUGCAUGGAGCCCAUCACUGACAAGUACGGCAGUGCAGGUGAGAGGUCCAGGAGGGCGAAAAAAAGAAACAUCGACAAGGCGGGCUUUGGCAACAACUUCGCCACAGGGGACAACAAGUCUCUGGCCCAGAACAUGGAGGCGGUGGUGGUGGGCUGCAUGUUCAAGUCUCUCAUCACCCGCUGCGCCUCAACCACACAUGAGCUGCACAGCCCCGAGAAUCUGGGUCUAUACUGUGACAUCCGCCAGCUGGUCCAGUUUAUCAAAGAGGCUCAUGGAAACGUGUUCCGCAGGGUGGCACUGAGCGCGCUCCUGGACAGCGCCGAGAAAGUCACGACCACCAAGAAACCUGAUGAGAGGGAUGAAAACAAACAGCUUGGACCUCGGAGGUCUGAGGUGGGUGUGUCCGGGGAGAAGGGUCAGGUGUCCAGUGCUGCAGAUGAGUGUCGCAGCUGCAUCUCCAGUAGACUCCCCCAGACCCCCGAACAUGACGAACAGAUCCCGGGUGCUCUUCUUGGCAGGAAGGACUUUUGGAGGAAAAUGUUCAAGUCGCAGAGCGCCGCCAGUGACACCAGCAGCCAGUCGGAGCAAGACACCUCAGAGUGCACCACCGCUCACUCCGGCACCACUACAGACCGCCGCUCACGAUCCAGAUCCAGACGCAUUUCACUACGCAAGAAACUGAAACUCCCAAUAGGAAAUUGGUUGAAACGUUCGUCCCUGUCUGGACUGACUGAUGGUGUUGAGGACCUGCUGGAUAUCAGCUCAGUGGAUCGACUCUCUUUCAUCCGUCAGAGUUCAAAGGUGAAGUUCACGAGCGCUGUGAAGCUAUCUGAAGGGGCUGCUGUCGGGCCAGAGUAUGGCCGAGACGAGGAGGAGAAUUUCUUCAAGCGGCUCGGUAAAUGGAGGUCUGGCAGGAGGAAUCCAUCCAAGCUUCACCACACAGAAGAGAAAGAUGGACCACAUGGUUUUCAGGAACGACUUGCAGCCAGUCAGGAGGCAAUGAAGAAUAAAAACGUAGUGAAUCUGGGUGCAAUCCGACAAGGAAUGAAGCGCUUCCAGUUUCUUCUCAACUGCUGUGAACCGGGAACCAUCCCUGAUGCGUCCAUUCUAGCUGCUGCUUUAGAUUUGGAAGCACCGGUCGUGGCUCGGGCUUCCCUCUUCCUAGAAUGUGCCAGAUUUGUCCAUCGCUGUAACCGCGGUAACUGGCCAGAGUGGAUGAAGGGCCAUCACGUGAACAUCACCAAGAAAGGCCUGUCCAGGGGCCGCUCGCCAAUAGUGGGCAACAAGAGGAAUCAGAAGCUGCAGUGGAACGCAGCUAAACACUUCUGCCAGUGGGGGGAUGCAAUUGGCACCAGGCUCAGCGAACUCUGUCACUCUGAUAGUGAAAGCCCCGCAAACAUCCUGGGUUAUAUUUAUGAUGAAGAAACCAAGCGAAGAAUGAGGAAAGAAGAUGAAGAGGAGGACUAUUUAGAUGAUAACACGGUCAAUCCUACCAAAUGUGGCUGCCCCUUUGCCCUAAAGAUGGCUGCCUGCCAGUUGUUGUUGGAAAUCACCACAUUCCUGCGAGAGACCUUCCCCUGCUUAUCCCGUCCUCGCACUGAACCGCUCGUGGAUCUGGACAGCUGCCGUCUGCGUCUGGACCCAGAACUUGGUCGUCAUCGCUACGAGAGGAAGAUCAGCUUUGCCGGCAUCCUCGAUGACGAAGACGGGCAUGACUCGCUGAACAGCAGCAGCCACACGCUGAAGUCUGACACUACCUGUGAUGAGAAGAAGAUCCAGGAGGUCCAGGAUAAUCUCUCCCCACUCCCCUGCUCCCCAGCACCCAUUAGGAGGAUCCGCAUAGGAGGUUCCCGGCUGCUCCAGAUCAAAGGAGCCCGCAGUUUUCGUGUGAAGAAAGGCGGCUCCCUGUCUUCGAUUCGCCGGGCAGGGAGCCUGAAGAGCACUAAGCUGUCUCGGCAGGACUCCGAGUCGGAGAACGAAGAGGGGCUGCUGUCACAAACACAGAGCAGGGACACGGUAACGGACAUCGGAAGCCCAUUCAGCACCAGUGAACCCAGUAUCGAGCCCGAGGGUCAGAGUUCAGGAGGAACUGAGGACAACUACCACCGCAACAUGUCCUGGCUCCACAUUAUGAUUCUGCUGUGCAACCAGCAGAGUUUCAUCUGCACACACAUAGACUUCUGCCACCCGCGCUGCUACCAGCACCACGGUCGCUCCUGUGCUCGCCUGGUCCGCGCCAUAAAACUUGUGUACGGCGAGUCGGUGGACAGUCUAAGAGACGACAGCGGUGCUGCUCACACUGGAGGCCGGGCAAAGAAAAACAAAGAGUGUUCAGACAAGUCGUGCUUGAGAACACCAUCCAUGAAGAGAAAACCCAACGACAACAGCACAGAAGGGAAAAAGGACACCGGCAUGCUCAAGUACAUCCGUAACCAGGUAAUGAGUUUGUCCCCAGCUCCUCUGUCCCUGCUCAUCAAAGCUGCUCCCAUCCUCACGGAUGGCAUGUACGGAGACAUCCAGCCUGCUGCCUGGGAACUCCUGCUCAGCGUGGAUGAACAUAUGGCAGCUGCAGCUGCCGCCAUGUUCCUUCUCUGUGCGGUAAAGGUUCCUGACGCGGUGACCGAAAUGAUGACGGCAGAGUUCCAGCACCAGGAGGCCUGCCAGCGCAUUAACUCCAUCCUGAAGUUCUACACCUUGUGGCGUUUCCGCUACCAGGUGUGGCCCCGCAUGGAGGAGGGGGCCCAGCAGAUUUUUAAGAUUCCUCCACCCAGCAUCAACUUCACACUGCCAUCUCCCAUCCUGGGAAUGCCUUGUGUCCCCAUAUUCGACCCUCCCUGGGUGCCGCAGACAACCGGCAGCGUCCAAGACCCGAUCAACGAAGACCAGUCUUACCCCACAUUAAUUCAGUCAGUCCAUACCAUAAAAUCCUUCUCUGCGCGGGCAGUGUCGCGAUCCCACCAGCGGGCCGAACACAUCCUGAAGAACCUGCAGCAGGAGGAGGAAAAGAGACGUCUGGGCCGCGAGGCGAGCAUCAUCACGGCCAUCCCGGUGGCACAGGAGGCCUGCUACGAGCCCACGUGCAGCCCUCCGCCCGAACAGGAAGAGGAAGCAGAAGAAGUGGUGAACCUGGCAUCACGCCGCCUAUCUGUCAGCCCAUCCUGCGCCUCCAGUAACUCCCAUAGGAAUUAUUCUUUCCGUCGUGGUUCUGUUUGGUCCAUUCGCUCACUGGCAAGUGCAGAAGAUGAGGAGAACACAACAGAACACACUCCUACUCACCACAUGCUGCAGCCACCUCAGUCUGUCUUCCCAGCAUGCAUCUGUGCAGCAGUCCUGCCGAUAGUGCACCUGAUGGAAGACGGUGAAGUGAGAGAGGAUGGCGUAGCCGUGAGUGCUGUCGCCCAGCAAAUCCUGUGGAAUUGCCUGAUUGAAGAUCCAGCUCUGGUUCUCCGUCACUUCCUGGAAAAACUCACUGUGAGCAACAGACAGGAUGAGCUGAUCUACAUGCUCAGGAAGCUGCUACUCAACAUCGGAGAUAUGCCUGCUCAGACCUCUCACAUCCUCUUUAACUACCUGGUGGGGCUCAUCAUGUACUUUGUGCGAACUCCCUGUGAAUGGGGUAUGGACGCUAUCUCGGCCACAUUGACCUUCCUCUGGGAGGUGGUAGUGUAUGUAGAGGGGCUCUUCUUUAAGGACCUGAAGCAGACCAUGAAGAAGGAGCAGUGUGAGGUCAAACUGCUGGUCACUGCGUCCAUGCCAGGAACCAAAACUCUGGUGGUACAUGGUCAGAACGAAUGUGACAUCCCAACACAGCUACCGGUCCAUGAAGACACACAAUUCGAUGCCUUGUUGAAGGAAUGUCUUGAAUUCUUCAACAUUCCCGACGCCAGAUCAGCUCACUACUUCCUUAUGGACAAAAGAUGGAACCUCAUCCAUUACAACAAGACCUAUGUCAGAGACAUCUACCCUUUUCGAAGGUCCGUUUCUCCCCAGCUAAACCUUGUUCACAUGCUGCCUGAGAAAGGACAAGAACUCAUCCAGAAACAGGUGUUUUCUCGGAAACUAGAGGAGGUUGGUCGGGUCCUCUUCCUGAUUUCCCUCACACAACGCAUUCCAUCUAUGCACAAGCAGUCUCACGUCUCCUUGCUACAGGAAGACCUGCUUCGACUUCCCUCCUUCCCACGAACCGCCAUUGAUGCUGAGUUUUCCCUUUUUAAUGAGCCACAAGGUAAGGAGCUGUUUGGUUUUGACACCCUUCACAAGGUGCUGUGGAUCAAGCUGCUGGAGGAGAUGUUCUUGGGCAUGCCCAGUGAGUACCCCUGGGGCGAUGAGAUGAUGCUGUUUCUCAACGUCUUUAACGGGGCAUUGCUGCUACACCCAGAGGACAGCUCCCUCCUCAGGCAAUACACUGCCACCGCCAUCAACACAGCAGUCCACUUCAAUCACCUCUUCUCCCUGAGUGGAUACCAGUGGAUCCUCCCAACAAUGCUUCAGGUCUAUGCGGACUAUGAGAGCAACCCUUUGCUGCGACAGGGCAUCGAGUUCUGCUGCCGGCAAUUCUACAUCCUCCACAGAAAACCUUUUGUCCUCCAGCUGUUUGCUAGUGUGGCUCCACUGCUGGAAUUCACUACAAGCACUAGCACUGGUCUAUCUAAAGGAGUUUCAGCUCAGUGUCUUUUUGACUUGAUGGUCUCUCUGGAGGGGGAAACCCUGGAUGCUCUAGACGCUCUGGAGUUGGUCAAGGCUGAAAAACCUCUUUGCUCUCUUGAUUUCUGUUAUGGCAAUGAAGACUUAGCCUUUUCUAUCAGUGAGGCCAUCAAGUUGUGUGUUACUGUGGCUGCCUAUGCUCCUGAGUCCUUCAGGAGUUUCCAGAUGCUGAUGGUGUUGGAAGCUCUGGUUCCCUGCUACCUCCAAAAGCUCAAAAGCAAUACGGUCACCAUGGAAUCUGCAUCUGCCGCCCGGGAUGAGAUUGCCGCCAUCGCUGCUCUAGCAACAUCUCUGCAGGCUCUCCUAUAUAGCUCAGAGUCGCUUACAAGGCCAAUGACAGCUCCACAGAUCUCCCGUGGUGAUCAGGGCCACAAGGGUGGCACCACAGCCAACCAUACCAUGUCUGGAGGCAUCAACACUAGGGACAAUCUCCACCUGGUGGAGGAGGGUCAAGGCAUGCCAAAGGAAGAGUUAGAUGAGCGCAAUGCGAGGGAGGAGUUCCGCCGGCCACGGGAGUCAUUGUUAAACAUUUGCACAGAGUUUUACAAACACUGUGGACCACGACUCAAAAUCCUUCAGAAUGUUGCUGGUGAGCCUCGGGUCACAGCUCUGGAGCUGCUGGAUAUCAAAUCCCACAUGAGAUUGGCAGAAAUUGCCCAUGCUCUUCUCAAGCUGGCUCCCUACGACACCUUGACCAUGGAGAGCCGAGGUCUACGGCGCUACAUCAUGGAAAUGCUUCCUAUCACCGACUGGUCAUCUGAGGCUGUCCGUCCGGCCCUUAUCCUCAUCCUCAAAAGGCUGGACCGCAUGUUCAACAAGAUUCACAAGAUGCCCACGCUCAGGUGCGCUCGCCCUCAGGCACUGUGCACCAGGAGACAGGUAGAGUGGGAGGCAGCCAGCAACCUGAUCGAGGGAAUCUGUCUGACCCUACAGCGCCAGCCAAUUAUCUCCUUCCUCCCUCACCUCCGCUCACUGAUUAACGUCUGCGUCAACCUGGUCAUGGGUGUGGUCGGUCCAUCCAGCGUGGCUGAUGGGCUGCCUCUCCUCCAUCUCAGCCCCUACCUCUCUCCUCCACUCCCUUUCAGUACAGCCGUGGUUCGGCUGGUUGCACUGCAGAUCCAGGCCCUGAAGGAUGACUUUCCUCUCAGUCAUGUGAUCUCACCUUUCACCAAUCAAGAGAGGCGAGAGGGGAUGCUGCUUAACCUGCUCAUCCCUUUUGUUCUGACAGUGGGCUCUGGAAGCAAAGAUAGCCCCCACCUAGAACAGCCAGAGGUCUUCCUCCUCCUUCAGACUGUCAUUAACAUCCUGCUGCCUCCUCGGAUCAUCUCUACGUCCCGCACCAAGAACUUCAUGCUGGAUGCUUCGCCGGCUCACUGCUCCACACCUGGCGACACUGGGAAGGACCUCCGUAGAGAAGGAUUGGCAGAGUCCACCAGCCAAGCUGCUUAUCUUGCGCUGAAGGUGGUGUUGGUUUGCUUUGAACGCUCAUUGGGGAACCAAUGGUACCGCCUAAGCCUACAGGUGAAAGAGAUGGCUCUGAGGAAGGUGGGGGGUUUGGCUUUCUGGGACUUUAUUGACUUCAUUGUGAGAACCCGUAUUCCCAUUUUCGUCCUUCUAAGACCCUUCAUACAAUGCAAGUUACUUACCCAGCCAGCAGACUCCCAGGAGGAAAUAACAGCACGCCACCACAUAGCGGAUCAGUUAGAGCGACGCUUCAUACCUAGACCUCUUUGCAAGAGCUCACUGUUUGCAGAAUUCAACAAUGAACUCAAGAUCCUGAAAGAGGCUGUACACAGUGGCUCAGCAUACCAGGGAAAGACGUCAAUCAGCACCGUUGGAACAUCCACAUCAGCCUAUCGCCUCAGUUUGGCUACAAUGUCCCGGUCCAACACGGGCACUGGGACCGUUUGGGAGCAGGACAGCCAGCCUUCACGUCAGCCCUCACAGGACACACUCAGCCGUACUGACGAGGAUGAUGAAGAGAAUGACUCCAUGAGUAUUCCCAGCGUGGUGAGUGAGCAUGAGGCUUUCCUGCCCAGAGUGAUGUCACAGCGUCGUUUCUCCAGCCACGUCACCGGAUCGGCAUCCUUGCAGCCCGAGGCAACCCGUACCACUAUGCUGCCUAGCCAAAGUGAACCCAAUGUGCUAGAUGAGUUCCAGGGUCUUCUGCAGGAGGGUAGCCUCUCUAGGGUUGCCAGUGUGCAGAGUGAACCAGGCCAGCAGAACCUCCUCAUCCAGCCCCCAUUGGGAAGGAAACGAGGACUCAGACAGCUGCGGCGCCCCCUGUUGUCCAUUCCAAAGACUGAACCUCGAGGUCGUUCUGGAGCCAGACUCUCCACGACGCGCAGGAGCAUCCAGCCCAAGAACAAACCACUGGAAACUUUAUUGGACUGUGAAGCACACGGUGACCAGAAGAGGUCGGUGACUUUUACAGAGACUCAGAACCAGCAGGCGUGUCAGGGCGCUGCAGAGACACCAGCCGAAGACGCGAGGGCCAGUCCUGCUCCUUCAAAGUCUCCGACACUGGAGGUUCCUCCUGUUGUCACAGCAACGGUCAAUCCUGACGUCCGCACACAGGUUCCUCCAGCCAAAAGCAGCAAGGAGAAGAGGGAGCAGUGGGGCCUCCGCAGCAGCCUCUCCCCUCCCCCCUCCAUCUCCCGCCCCUCCACCCCAACAACCCCAUCCCGAACCUGCUCCCCUCUACCUUUCUCCCGCACCUCCUCUCCACUUCCCCCUCCCCUCCCGGUGCUGUGCACAAUGCCCACCCCUGGCCCCCUUUUGCCUCCGGCUCCACUUCUACCACAGGGUCCAAACGGCAUCAGGGAGAGUCCUGGAGACGAGGACACCACAGCACUCCUGCCGCCCUGCGAUACCCUGCUGCAGCUCAGCGAGGAUGAUGGCACUGAGAACCCUCUCCUCACCCCGCUGCUGUCUGCCCCAUCACCCCAUCAUUCAUCCUAUCAAUUCCCUCUCCCCAUGUCCCCUGUUGACCUGGAUCUGGAUGAGUCCCAUGUUUGAACAUCUGAUUGCAGAGGACAAGUGUACAUCUGAUCCUCUGACGAUCGAAAGGUUUGGGGUUUGUUUUUCCCUCAGCUUGUCCUUUAAACAAACAUCCUGUUGUCCCUUCAAAAUAAAAUGUAUGAAACUGUUGAAUUUAUUAUUUAAAAAUCUGUUCUUUAGCUAAGGGAUGAAUGUAUGUUACUGUAUUUCACUACUUCAUUGUAGAUGUUACAAAUUUUUAAACACUGGAUGUUUAAAACACCUCAAACGGAGAUCAGAUUUCUUAUUUAAUUCUAUUUUCAUUCUGUAGCAAUACAUAUCAGAAUUAUUUAACUAAAAUAUUGCUAAGAAUUUAAAAUAUAGAAAAUGUUUAUUAGAAAAGGAAAAUUCUGUUGUGUAUAUUAGAAACAUAGGUAUAACAGCCAAACAGAAUUUACUCACAACUUUUAGCCAAAUCUGUUACAUGUAUGUUAAACAUGAAGGAGAAAUGUUUUGGUGAUCAGCUUGUCAGUUGCUUUGAUAAGUGUGUAUUUGAAGCCAUCACGAGCAGCUAAAGCUGUCGUAGUUGCCCCGUUUUAAUAGAAAAGCAAUAUUAAAUCAGCCCCUUUAAGUCGCUUUUUUAAUUUUUAUUUUUAUUUUAUUUUAUUUUUUUUACUUUUUCGAGUGUGUAAGUGUUAUAGGGAGAAAAACUGGUGGACAAAUAACAGAACUUAUGAAAACCAGGCUUUAAAUUAUCUCAAUUUUUUUGCACUGCUAUGUGUUAACUUUUCAGCACAUUGUGUUUGUGACCAAAGACUAUAGUCUCAGUGGUCUUUGCUGUUGAAUACAGUAUAUAAAAUGUAAGAUGAUAAAAGAAAAAAAACUGUUGAUUUAUUAACAAACUUGUCCUGUUGUUUCAGUGCUGCUUCUGUGAUGUUUUAUGUUUAAAUCAGCAGCAGAACAGAUCCUCAUAUUACAACUGUGAUGCAGUAGAUACCUCAUUGCUAAUAUAUGGGGUGCCGAUUGUAAAACUAAUACAUGAAAUACAUUUAAAAAAUAACAGCUGUAUUUGACCAUAUUAGUUUCAAGUGAUGUUAAAAAUAAGUAUUUUGUAUGAAAUCCAAAUACAUAAAAGUGUUCUACUUAUCAACAUGAGUAUGUUGAAUCAAAUCUAAAUUAAAGUUUGUAGUAUAAAAUGAACUAUAUAGAGCUCCGGGAGUUGACGUCACAACAACAACAACAACGCAACAGUUCAAAUCGAAACGGCGCCAUAUUGGCAGGCAGAAGCCCGCAGCUGGACUAUUUGUCAUUGUCAGAAAACUCAAUCAAAUGGGAAAUAUGGUAGAUUCCUGUUGUGCCCCAGGAUGCAGAACAGACGCGGACGACAUAAGGAAUGAGCCAUCUACUGGAUUCCCCAAGAACCGGAGUGCCAUAAACGUUUGAUCAGUGCAGUAAAACGCGCUAGUGACCGGGCUGAAAUGAAGCUGUGGGAUCAAUUCAUAUCAGGUACUUAAACCAACGUUUCCUCAACUGCAUAUGGUAUUUAUUUUAAAUGCUUUUAUUACGAUUCUUAGUGGGCUUCCUAAACUUAUUUUGGCGUGGCUUUUUCUGUCUUAUUACUCAUAGCAGCAAGUAAACAUCACGUAAAACGUUGCCUCGUGAGUUCUGCGCGCUGCCGUUUGCGUGUUUUAUGAUCACAGCAAUUAACCGGCUAAGCUGUAUUUAAUUUUUAAGCAAUGGUUGAACGAUUGUCAGAUCAAACACAUAAAAAGCACUUUGGAUUGCUAUUAUCCGUCUCACCGAGACAGAUCUCAGACAGAUCCUGAGACGCUCCUGCCUGACAUAUUUAUUUUAUUCACGGAAAAAAAUCUAACUAGUGAUUUCUCUUGGUAUUCAGUUUAUACAUUCAAACAGCACUCUAUUUAAACUACUUACAUGUAAAUCUAUAUUAUUUGUCCAUCCAUCCAUUUUCAUCCACUUAUCCGGAGUCGUGUCACGGGGGCAGUAGCCUAAGUGAGAGGCCCAGACUUCCCUCUCCCCAGCCACUUGGGCCAGCUCCUCCGGGGGAAUCCCAAGGCAUCGCCUGGCCAGGUCCACUCCGGCAGCUUCUGGCAUUUUUAAAAAGUAUCCCAGGGGCAUGGUAAGGGUCGGAGAUGUUUAGUCUAUUUAAUUUCUGACUAAAUAAAACGAUUUCUUUGGUUUUGAAGAGUGAAGUAAACUCAGACGGAGGAAAAUCCAAGCCGAUCCCGUUCAUUUUGUUUACCUUUGUUGCCUGCCAACAUGGCGUCUACUCUCUGAGAGUCAUGUGACGUCCGGAGCUCUAUAACAUAAUUAAAACCUUAAUACUCACUAUAAAGUCUAAAUAAUAAUUAAUCUCAAAGUCUGUAAAUUUGGAAUUCAUCAUAAGUUUUAUGUUAUGUAGUUAGAUUUGCAUUUGGUAUUAGGUACUUAGUUAUUUUAUAUUUUAUAUAGAAUCCAUAUCCAUAUACCGUAUUUACUAUAGUGAUGUUAAAAGUAAAUAUUUCGUAUGAAAUUCAAAUACACAAAAAUGUUCUAAAUAUAAAUACAGUAUGUAGAGUCAAAUCUAAACAAUAUAUUUGUAUAUUUGUAGUUUAAUAUUAAAUAUAUAAUAAUGGAAACCUUAAUGCUCACAAUAAAAUCUAAAUAAACGAUGCUGAAUCUAAAUAUUUUCACAUUUGGAAUUGAUUGUAGGUUUUAUGUUAUAUUUUUAAAAGUAUUAUUACAAAUAAAACUAAACUCUAAAUAUUUAAAGUCAGAAAAAAUACAAAAUUUUAAUUUUUAAUUGUAUAACUAUAAAUAUAUACAACGUUAAAUAUUUGCAUUUGAUAUUAAGUAAAUGGUUGUUAUUUUAUUGUUUACAGUAUAUAUAAUACUACAAAUAACUUCAAACACAGAGAUCCCCUAGAAAUUUAUGUUCUUUAAGGGCAUUAAAAAACUCACAAUAAAAUUGGCUCGACAGCGCCACCUACAAAGUGAAAAAGAACCCCCUCUAUUGACCUUUUUUAUUGUAGAGUGAUGAAAUUAUGUACACUUGUAGAACUUGCCAAUAUGCACAGAAAAGUCUCUUGCACCCAUGGUCAACAUCAAACAGGAAGUCGGCCAUUUUGGAUUGAAGUAGCAAUUUUGACACAGUUUAGGUCGUUUGUAGGGUCUGUAUUUGAUUGAACAGUUUGGUCAUUUUUCUCACAAUCGUCUCAAAAUGUGUGUGCAAUCAAUCAGAAGGGAUGGGCGAUUAAAAUGAGAAAAUAAAAUUGACUUUUUGUAAAUACUGAAGGUACGGGGCCAGGCCUCAAAAUUUGAUCACUCGCCAAAUAAUUUUAAAUGGCUAUAAUUUCAUAAAUGAAAAUAUUAUAGUUACAACAUUUUCUAUGGGCAUUUCUCAUCGAUCCCCAAAGACAAAUGAAUGGUCGAUUGAAGAUGUCACACAAGCCCCACCCCCUCAGGACCAAAAAGGUCAAGUUUAACUUCUCGCUGCAAGGCAACGGCUCUAACCACUGUGCUACUGUGCAGCCCUUGCCUAUAUACUUCUGCUGAAUAUUCUUAAGACAUAGCUGGAAAAACUGAACCUAUAGAUUUUUCAAAAGUCUAACGAUACCUCAAACACUGACCUGUCACGACACAAUGCUUUACUCUCAAAGCUCCUAAAUUUACUACUUUAACCUAAUCAACAUGAAUCUCUGGCAAAUAGCAGUAGACAAGUUGGGGUCACUUGGUGUCCAGUAUUGGUAGGUUUCAAAAAAGAGCAGCGGUUUGGGGGCAUGGCGAAUUUUGACAUCCCGCCAUGGAAUUACGUUUGCCUCUCAUUUCCUCAAUUCUGAUGUUAUCGGUACAAAAAUUCAGGUGAUUGACACAAAUCCAAACGUCAAUAACCUGAAAAUCUGGUGGCCAUGGUUUUGUUUUUACACUAGCGCCCCCUAGGUCCAUUAAAAAUCUCAGCCCCAAGUCAUGCUUUGACUGAGGGUUGUGAAAUUUUGCACACUUAUGUAGUGUGUCUGGGCCUACAAAGAAGUCUCAUUGAGCCAUGCUCCAAAUCCCACAAGAAGUCAGCCAUUUUGUUCCAAUUACGCUACAGUGUCUCUUUCGAAGCUGGAAUAUUUUGCUAACGUAAAGCCUUUUUAGUGGGAACUGUUGGCAGGCAAGGAGGAAAGGUUGAGUCAGAUUGAGGUGACAGCUCAUAGUGAUCACAGUUUAAUGGACGCUGGGGCGUCUGGCACGCAUGGGCGCUCGUAAACCACUGGUUGCAGGGCGGUGGGAUGGGAGAGCGUCGGGGAUAGAGUGGAGGGGGUGUGGACAGAGGUCGAGCAGCUUCGCUGCGAGGGCUGAACGACGCUGCUUGCAGCUUCCUAUUUAGAUUCAACCUGCUCAAUGGACUCUGACAAUCUUACCAUCAAGGAUGCUAGACGCUAAGACAUCAGAUAGAGGAUUCUUUCACUUCACUUUUGAGCUAAAUUUAUUAUACAUCAGUUUUAAUUUGUGUUCGUUAAAUAUAUAUUUUAAGUCCACCACUUUUAUACUUAGAUAAACUUUAGACAGCUUUCUAGAUUUAGAUUUUAUUCUAAAUUUUUAUUUUUACCACUUUUAGUUUAUUUUUAAACAUUUAGAUCUAAAAUUGAAAUUUCCCGCCAAAUGUUUUAUUUGAGGAGCUAAAUAUGACAAAAUGUAGCUGUUAUUUUUAAUUUAAAAUCAGCACCCAAUAAUUUCAUGCCUUAAUGAAUGUGCAUCAUUAUUCACGACAUGUCAGAUAAUUUAAUCCUCCAGGUCGAGGACUGUGUCAGGAGUAUUCAGAUCUUUCAGUCUUGUCGUUGAUCAUGCUGAAUUUUUGUGCCAUAAUUCACACCAAUGCACUGUGAGUGUUUGUCAUUAUAGCUGCUUUUUCUGUCUUUCUUUUGAUUGUUAAUUUUGUGUACACAGAGAUUAAUUUAUGCACAGCAGGAGAUAUGAAAUAUUAAAGUCUGAAAUUAAAAGAAUCUACUGUUUAAUUUGCAAACCCAAAUUAAAUACUCUAUAAUGAUUAUAUUCUGCCACUAGGAGGCAGUAUUAGGUUUGUCAAAUUAUUGUUUUCUUUUCUAAAUGAGUUGUAUAAUGUCUUUUGCUCAGACUCAGAAUUAUUCUGCUGUAUACUGAAGUAAAGUAUUUCUGCAAUAUAUAAAUAAACAAAUGUUUACAGUG